GAUGACAGCUUUCACGGCGGUCGUUGAAUCGCCUGGGUAGUGUGGGGUUAGGUUUUGAAUGGGUCUCACGGCGGAUUGUUUUUUUCUCCCCGCCCGGUGUAGCUCUCGCAUACGGUAUGAUCGACGACGAGGUUAUGGCGGACAAGGGCUUCUACAUCAAGGUGGUGGACGACGAGAAGGGCAAAGGGCUGUUCGCCAAUCGCGCGUAUAAGGAGGGCGACGUGAUACUCGAGGAGAGGCCCGUGGUGUGCUGUCAGUUCCUGUGGAACUCCGAGUUCGGCUACCUGGCGUGCAAUCACUGCAUGAGGCCGCUGGAGACGGCGGAGGAGAACGUCCGCAGGCUGACGGGCGAUCAGAGAUUCGUCGUGCCGCACAAGGAGUGCUGCGAAGUAAACAAGAGCCUGAUAACCGCAUGCCCCAUGUGCGGGGUCAAGUACUGCAGCGUGGAGUGUCAGAACGAGGCGUUUCAGAGGUAUCAUAGCACGCUGUGCCUACAGGACAGAGUCAAGGACGAGAGCCAUCCUCUGAAUCAAUUGUGCGAAACGUGGAAGCAAAUGCAUUAUCCACCUGAAAAUGCGUCCAUCAUGCUGCUAGCGAGGAUGGUCGCCGUAGUUAACCAAGCGAACGACCGGGAGGAAGCUCUGGCGAUGUUCUCGCAGUUUUGCCAUCGUACCGUCUCCAACAACACGCACGAGAUUGUGCACCACCUGUUGGGGGAGAAGUUCGCGGGACAGAUUGACGUUCUUCAGCAGAUGAUGAAGGACGCUUUUAACACUGAGUAUACCGCACACUGGUUCACGCCGGACGGUUUCAGAAGUCUCUUAGCUUUAGUAGGAACGAACGGACAGGGGAUCGGUACCAGUUCAUUCAGCCGCUGGGUGAAGAACGUUUCCGCUUUAGAAUUGCCCAAGGACGAAAGGAUUUACGUCGACAAGUUGAUAGAGAAAAUUUAUGACGCCAUGGACGAGGCGGUGGGUCCGUUUCUGAAUAACGAAGGAUCCGGGCUCUACGUUCUGCAGUCGUCGGUGAACCACAGUUGCGUGCCGAAUGCGAUCGUCGAGUUCCCUUAUUCGAACAACACUUUGGUGCUGAAGGCGGUGCGGGAUAUAAAGGUCGGCGAGGAGAUCUGCACGAGCUACCUUGACGAGUGCCAGCUCGAGAGGAGCAGACAUUCCAGGCAGCAGGCGCUAAGCUCCCUGUAUCUGUUUAUCUGUCACUGCGACAAGUGCCGGGCGCAGGCGAACGAUCCCGACGUGACGUCCGAAUCGGAGGAGGAGUCCGACGAGGACUUGUGAGUGCUGUGGCCGAAGACGCACAAGGAACAGUGAUAUAAUUUUCAUAAGUAAACAAAUAUAUAUAUAUAUAUAUAUAUAUAUAUAUAUAUAUAUAUCGAAUUAUAUCAAAGCCCCUUGUCAACAACUCUACCUAAUGGAUAUCCCGAUUUACGCUUUACUCGACUAUCAUACGCUAAGUGAAUUUUUAUGUAAAGCAGUAAAACGUAGCACGUAGGAUUGUAAACACCAUUACACACACAUUUGAAUAAACUUUUAAUAAACGUACUUUAUUAAUGU